GGAACAGAUAUUGUUUCUUCCGAAAAUGUCACAAAGUUAGAUGUUAAUACGACUUUAAAUGAUUUAAUGACAACCACUGUAAUAUCUUCAAAUCAUACUGAAACCACAUUGGAGACUGGGUCUACAGGUUACAUACCAGAUAGCACAAGCUCGUCAGACAAAAUAACAACUACCUCAGAGGGGACGGUUGUUGAAGCAACGACGAUAAUGACCACAAGUUCAGAAGUAGAACUUUCUUCUGUCACAACAUCUACGUCUGAGCCUUCAAGUACAGCUGCAGUGAUCACGGCAUACCAAAAUAAUACUGAAGAAUACUUAAAUAGUACUCUGAGUACAGGAUUAUAUACAACAGAAUACAAUAACGUAGAUAACUUUAGCACGCAGACAACAUUAGAAGAGGAAACCAUACUCGUUGGAUUUUGUGUCUGUAAAUGUACCGGAUCAGGUUACAAAUGGACAGAGGAAGAACUGGCUGAUAGAAUACUCCAAAGAAAAAUAGAGACUCAGCUGAUUAAAAAGAACCUGACAGCAUAUUACAGAAGCCUGACCUCAGCAAAUGACCAACGAAUGUCAUCUCAGUGUAUAGGUUAUAUAGGAUCAGUCAUACUGAUUUGUUUUCUUUGUCUGCUUAUAUUUUGUGAUUUUCGAAGGUUCUUGUAUUACUGCAUAAUAGAGAGACACGCCGAAAAACAUGUUAGUUAAGUAUUA